AUGUUAUACAUUAAUAUUACAAUGAAUACCAUUCCUUCUGUUUCAAGGUUCAAGAACAAAACUCCAACCCAAUCAUUAGCAUCAAGUUAUGAUAUAACUGAAGUUAAUAAUAAAAUAGAUAUUCAAUCUAUCAUAUCUAAUGAAAAUUAUUUUCCAAAAUAUAAUAAUAUUACCCCUUCCUUUGAUACUGAUAGUUAUGAAGUUAACAGUGAUGAUGAUGUAUAUGAAUUACCUAACAUUACUUCUUGUACAAUUAAACCUUUAAAAUCUUCAAGAAUUCUGUCUAAACAACUAGCAACCAGUUUCAAAACAAUUGAAGUUAAUAAUUCUGAAACCAAUAUAUCAACUUCUAAUGCAAUUGAAGCCGAUAGUUCUGAAGUCAACAAUGAUAACAAUUCGUCUGAAUUAUUUAUCUCUAAUAAAAUAAGAUCUUUGAAAUCUUCAAGGCAUUCAACUCAAUUAUCAGCAUCAAGUUCUAAAACAAUUAAUCAAAUUAAUCAACCAUUAUCUUUAGUAGCACAAAAUAAAAACAAUACUAGUAAUUAUUUAAAAAAUGAUUAUUAUGAGAUAAGAUAA